UAUGUAUUGUACCUCCCUCGUGUAAUCCUCUCUCUCUCUCUCUUUCUCUUUCUCUCUCUCUUACUCCCCCCCCUAUGACAGCUAUUCUAGAGACAGACCAUUCAAUACAAGAAAAAGACCUUUAUCCCCCUUCUUUCUACGAAAAACGAUCAAAUAUAGGUUCUUAUUCUUCAGUGUCUUCUUCAGACGACUCAGAUAGUUUUGAUAAACGCACACUAUCAGAAGAAUUGACUGAAAUCAAAUUAGAACCACUAAAAAUAUCAACUGAUCGCCGUAAUAGUACAGAUAAUGCAUCUAUUUCAUCAACAAAAUCUAUUUUCGCACUUUGGUCUCCUUUUCGAUCCAAUACAGCGCCUGCUUCAACAGGAAGGCCUUCUGCUCAAUUCGCUGCUCGACAGUCUAUCAACAGGCCCAUCAGCAUCAUUUCACCUCUGCCUGGAUUUCAAGAAGCCUUGUUGGCACAAAUGGAACAACUAAACAUUGCCAACACCAAUGAUCCAAAGUCAAAAGUAAUUAAAAACCUGAAAAGACAGUCUAUAAGACACCACCUUGUCGCUCAAAAUAAAGGCAAUGACUAUGAUUGGGACUUUUGGGCGAGUAUUAUGUGUGACCCACAGCAUUUGGCCAAGGUCAAUAAAGAUUUAAUUAAACACAUUCGAUUCGGUAUUCCGCCUUCUAUUCGCGGUAUGGUGUGGCAAUUAUUAGCGCACUCAAAAGAUGAAGCACUUGUGGCACGCUAUAUAGAAUUACUCAAGUUAGUCAGUCCUUAUGAUAAAAUGAUUCAGCGCGAUUUGGCACGUACAUUCCCUGGCCAUACCUACUUUAAAGAAAGCGAUGGACAAGGUCAAGAAGGCCUUUAUAAUGUAGUCAGAGCCUAUAGUUCGUAUGACCAUGAAGUAGGCUAUUGCCAAGGACUAGCUUUUAUUGUAGGACCCUUGUUGCUUAAUAUGCCUGAAGAAGACGCUUUUUGUGCGCUUAUUCAACUCAUGAACAAAUACGGUCUUCGUGGUCAUUUUACACCUGAUAUGGAUGGACUUCAGUUACGUCUUUAUCAAUUUGAUGCCUUACUGCAGGAAUAUUUGCCUCAUGUAGCACGUCAUUUGGUUCAGCAAGGCAUUAAUUCAACCAUGUAUGCCUCACAAUGGUUUAUGACACUUUUUGCGUACAAGUUUCCAUUGAACCUAGUGUUUCGUAUUUACGACGUGAUCUUGGCAGAAGGCAUCAGCACCAUUUUCAAGUUUGCCAUUGCACUCUUGAAAAGAAACCAAACGACUCUUUUAGGGCUUGAUUUUGAACAUGUAUUAGAUUUCUUAAAGAACGGUCUGUUUGAAGAAUACAAGGAUGAUGAUCGUCGAUUUGUGAGCGAUGCUUGUGAACUGGAGAUUCCUGCUAGAAGGUUAUCCCAAUUAGAAAAAGAACACAAACUACAGAUUCAAAAAGAACAGGCAGACGCUAGUUUGAUGGACGAAUUACAGAAAUCAAACGCAUCCCUCAAGAAGAAACUAAAGACCUUAGAGGCCAAGGCAGCCACAUUAAGAUCAGAACAUAAAGACGUAUGUGAACAACUACAAGAAACACAGCACCAAUUAAGCCAGUUACAAGACGAAAACAGUUCUAUAAAGCAACUGGUGUGUUCUUUACAGGUAGAAGUAGAUAGCCUGCCUCAGACAAUAGAAGCCAAGACAAAAGAGCCCUUUGAAGCACUCUGUAGUCAAAAUGGCUCCUUGAUUGGGACCAAUUCCUCGCUUGAAGAUCAACUACAGAAAGCAGAGUCUGUCUUGAUUGACAUGAAAAUUCGUUAUGCACAGAGUGAAAACGAACGAGAAGAACUAAAUAGAAAACUACAUGAAUUAAAAAAACUAAUCUUAUUUAAUUAAAUCUGACAAGA